AUGGUUCUUCCAUCAAACUUGAUUGUGCCCAAUUCAACGAAGGGCGUGAGUGCUAGCACAAAUCCGAAAACAUCUUCCAGUGGGCGAGUGAUCACACAACAAAGCUCAGGUUCUGAGAAAGACCCAAAUCAAAUCAUUGACAAGAGGAAGCACAAAAGAAUGAUUGCCAACAGAGAAUCUGCAAGGAAACCCAGAUUGAGAAAGCAGCAGCAUUUAGAUGAACUGAAUACAGAUGCAGAUUAUUUCAGAGCAGAAAACAAUAUGUUAUUCACAAAAUUGAACAUUGUUUCACACAAUUACAUGCAGCUGCAAGAGGAGAAUUCUCUUCUUCGGUCACAUGCCAUGGAUUUAAGCCACAAGCUGCAAUCUCUGAAUAUCAAAAUGCAAUGGGAAGGGGUAAUGCAUGGCCUUGAUUUGACUUCAUCAGAUGGUUUUGUGCAUCCAAUUCCAAUGGAUAUGAAGUCUUGGUACUUGUAG